GACAAAUAACAAAUAUGGCGUCGCUGUGUCUUUCGGAGACAAAUUUUCCGAUUUAUUCCGUGAAAAGAUUUCAUGAACGAUAUUUUAUGGUAGCCGGUGGAGGAGGACACGCGAAAACUGGAGUACCUAAUGCAUUUGAAAUAUUUGAAAUAAAAAAUGAAUCGGGUAAAUUGGAUGCUCAAAGUAUACAUAAAGAACCACUUGACGGAGCGGUGAUGAAUUCGGCUGUUUGUGUUGACAAUAAAAAUUUCAUUUGUGCUUUAGGAUUAGAUGAAAAUUGUUUACUGUAUGAACUCAAGCUUAAAAUUGUAGCCCCAAAAAAUGGAGAAAAUACUGGCAAUUUACGUCAAAGAAAGAGCAAUUUAACAACAUCUAAAUCGUAUAAAGAGGCUUCUAAAAAAAUAACCUUUGAUGUAAAAAAGACACAUUCCUUUAAAACUGAUAUGCAUGGAGAUGAUCCCUUUCAAAAGUGUGUCUGCUUCAAUUCAGACAAUUCACUUAUUCUAACUGGCGGAGCAGAUGGUUAUCUUAGAGUAUGGAAAAACUCAAGCAAAAUUGAAAUGCUUUACGAGGUUAAAGCCCAUUCUAAAGAAAUAGAAGACAUUUCGGUGCAUAAAUCUGGCCAUCAAAUAGCAACAGUGUCAAAAGAUGGAAAAUGCUACUUGUGGAGGACGGAAAAUGGCUCUAAAAUUGCUGAUUUAGAAGUUUCAGGAAAAGAUAAUACUAUGUAUCUUUUCAAGCAUUGUAGAUUUGCAUCUGUUAUUGAUAAGCCAAACCAGCAUCAUUUGUUCACUUCCCAUGUACCUUUGAGACGAACUAAAAAGCCAGCAAACUGCUUUUUGACUAAGUGGGAUCUAGGGAAAAACCAACCCCUAAAAUGUACGGAGACAAAUAAUGAACUCAUAUCUGCCUUUUGUAUUAGUGAAGAUGGAUCAUAUAUAGGAAUAGGAACUAUACCCGGAAGUGUCUCCAUAUAUAUUGCCUUUAGUUUACAGCUAUUGUAUAACAUCAAAGAAUGCCACGGUAUAUUUGUAACGGAUGUGGAAUUUUUGUCCAGUUCUGAUACUACUAAAAGAAUUACCAAUAAUGAUGAUUUUACCCUACUCACCGUUUCUGCAGAUCAUAAAAUUAUGUGUCACCAAGUGACUCCUAGGCGUACAAUCAGUGCAAUUUGGAUUCUAUUGCUUGUUUUCGCCUUAAUUUAUGGUGUUUUCUACCUAAUCGCUUAUUUAGGAUUAUAA